AUGUCGCGAUCGGGGAGCGAUGGCACCGCCGCACUGGAGCGGGCCGGGGCGGAGACGGUGAAGCGAGCGGUGGAGCUGGACCUGGCGUCUCGGUUCCAGGAGUCGUUGGUGUGCUACCAGGAGGGCAUCGACCUCCUGCUGCAGGUGGUGAAAGCCACGAAAGAUGAGGCAAAAAAGCACCGUUACCGGCAGAAAAUAUCCGAGUACAUGACCAGAGCUGAAGACAUUAAAAAACACAUUGAAAAAGAGAAACAAGAUGGCAAAUACCAUAAGCAAAUCAGGAUAGAGGAAAAUGCAACAGGUUUCGGCUACAAACAGCUUUUCCAAGAGUACCUUACUGAGAUUGUUUCUGAAGUUUGGGUGGAGGAUCCGUACAUUAGGCAUGUUCAUCAGUUGUAUAACUUCCUACGAUUCUGCGAGAUGCUAGUUAAAGGGCCGUGCAACGUGAAAACAAUCCACCUCCUCACUUCCUAUGAUGAAGGUAGUGGGAGGAGUCAGCAGAUAAGUGGCUUGAAUGAAAUACAAGAAUCAUUGAGGAAUUAUGGAGUAACACUGAAUAUUUCAUUUUCAUCUUCAAUACAUGAUCGAGAAAUCAGAUUCAACAAUGGAUGGAUGAUUAAGAUUGGAAGAGGUCUUGAUUAUUUUAAGAAACCACAGGGUCGUUUCAGCAUUGGAUACUGUGACUUUGACUUGCGACCUUGUCAUGAAACAACAGUGGAUGUCUUUCAUACUAAACAUACAAAGAAAAUGUGAUCAGAUGUGACUGCUUUUAAUGAGUGUUUUUAUAAGCAUAAAGAUGUAAGACUGGAAGAUGCCGCUUGACUCCAGCUGUCCACCCUCAGAAGCAGCUCUUCUAAGUACUUAGUCCAGCACAGCUUUUUUUAUAAUCUAUAGGUUUAAGUAUAUUUGAGAUUUUUCAGUCUGAGAAAACACAACUGUACAAUUCCUGUACUGUACUUCUCCCAUAAUCAUAAUUAGUACAAUCCAUGUCUAAAUUUGAUUUUCAUUUCAUAACAGACCCUCAAUACUGUCUCUCAAAGGCCUCUUUACUGUCAUGUCUAUUUUUACUAUUAAUUUUGUCUUGAGCAAAUUUUGGUUUCUUUAUCUUCAAUUGACCACCUCACAGACAUUUGAAGCUGGGCUGCCACAUGUCCUCUUUUAUAAGCAGCCUUAUUUAUUUCCUUUAAUUCCUGUAUUCUAGUCAUGACUGCUGUUCUGCUGUGUUUUGGUCAAUCCUGUAAUACCUGAUUUCACAGACUUUACUAGUAACCCCGAAUCUAACAUUCCAUUU